GAUUAAUUUGAAGCUAUCGUCAUUUUGUACUCAUUUGAAAAAAAUUUAAAUGGAGGUUCUAUCUUGCAGGGACCCCAUGAGACAAGAAAUGAGUAAGAGGACUAAAAUGGCGAGAAGGGGUCAGAGGUCGCAGUCUCCUUCGCCGUUCAUCUCCUCCAGAUCGGGUGUUCCCCACCGAUCAGUCUGCGCCGUCCUUGCUUUGACCUGCAGAAAAGCAGCCACGGUUGGGAGAAAAGAGGAAGGCAAUUCUUGGCAUUUUGGGAUCAAUGGUUAGGAAAAAAGAGAGAUGAAAGUAGGAGGGUAGGACAGUGAGGAAUAGAAAUAGGUUUAGGGUUUUUGCUUUUAAGGAAUAAAUAGGUUAAAACAGUGAGUUUUGAGGGGAUUUUUCUGGAGAAUUUCGGAGCAGCCAACAAAAAAAAAAAAGGGGA